UGUUAUUAUGAUAAGAGAACAAAACAAGGACUAACUCUAAAAACUUGAUUUUACUAUAUUUGUGGGGUGCUACUAGGAGCUGUAUAGAUAAAGACAUUUGCUUACUUCAUUUCAUUCACUCUCUUCAUUCAUUCAUUCAAUUUUCCCUUAUCUUUCUCUCAUUUUCUCCAUCUUUCUUUUCUUAUUUUUUCAAUGGGAAAUUGUCAAGCUGUGGAUGCUGCAGUUCUUGUGAUCCAACAUCCAUGUGGGAAGAUAGAUAGAUUGUAUUGGCCAGUUACUGCUAGUGAAGUUAUGAAAACAAAUCCAGGUCAUUAUGUUUCUUUGAUUAUACCAUUACCUCCUCAACCACAAGAACAGAAUCAAGAACAGAAGAAAACAGUGAGGUUUACUCGUGUUAAGUUGCUUAGGCCUAAUGAGACUCUUAAUCUUGGUCAUGCUUAUAGACUCAUCACUAAUCAAGAGGUUAUGAAGGUAUUGAAAGCAAAGAAGCAUGCAAAGACUAAGAAAACACAAGAAGAUACAGUGCAGAAAGAAAAGCAAGGUUCAGGUUGUGAGACAAAGAAAGGAGAAGAAUCUGACCAAGGAAAGACAUAUCAGGGAGGAAGAGCAGAGAGAAACAGACAAAGGGCAGCAGCAGGGUCUACAAAUCCUGCUGCUGUACAGAGGUCAAAAUCUUGGCGCCCAUCUUUACAAAGCAUUUCAGAGUCACCAAAAGUUUAAUAAUGAAAAUUUGUGAUAUUGAUAGUGGCUCAUAGAAACAAUGUUUGACUUCAUUUCCUCUAUAAUGUUGGAUAUAAUGGAAAUUCAACUGAGGUUUGAACCAAGAUUUCUCUUGCAAAUUCAUGAUUCAGUUGGUAACAUGUUUGUAUAGCACCAACAAGAAGAGAAAAGAAAAGUAAUGAAUGUAAAAAUCUAUUAGAAGUGAGUUUUGUUAUUGACAUUGUUGCAGCA